CGAAUGCUGCCUACACCAAUAACGAGGAGCGUUUUCGCAAUUCUUAGACAUGAGGUGGAACGAUAUACGUUCCAUUUUGCGCAGCGCUGCGACAAAAUCCAGAAAGAAGAAUGGACCCGCGCUCGACUCGGUUGCGACUUCAUCCCCGCCACAUCCUGAGUCGAGGCCUAGCGGAACUACGGCUGGUAUAUCGCGAGCUACAGACUCUCAUGAUGUUGUCUCAGAGCCCGGUCACGCCCAGAUAGCCGCACUGCAAACAAUGGACUCUCCCGUGGUAUCCACCGUCAGUGAUGGAUCGGAGCAUUCUCCCAUCGAAACCGCGCACCGUUGCGGACUUUGCAAUAACCUUCAAAAGAGGGACGAGGAUGAUGCUCGACUCGGUUUUGACUUCACUCCCGCGGAACUUCACAUCUCGGCAUCCGAAAAAGGCUGCCCCUUAUGUCUGGUCAUUCUGGAGGCGUUGCGACAGUUUGAGAAGGACAUGCUAGACGACAUCAGAAGGGUCUAUGCUCGGUGCUGCGGGACUCGAGGAUUGCAUCAAGAUACACUUACUCUUGAGGCGUAUUUCGAGGAUGAGAGACCUAAACUAUUGUUGGAGUUAUACAGCCCCCACUCGCAAGCUUGGGAAGCUAUACUGCCAAGGACGCGUGUGAGUCAUCAUCCCGAGUCGUCUGAGGCCUUGCGAUGGGUGAAAUCGCUUCUUGCCGACUGCGAGAGCAACCACGAGAAAUGCGAGAUGAGCUCUGAGCCACUGCUACCGAAACGUGUGCUGGCGAUUGGUAGAGACCAUCGCAAUGAAACGUACAAGGUUCAAUUACUUGAGCCUCCGAGCGGCUCUUCAGCUCCAUACGCUGCACUUUCGCACUGCUGGGGACAUAAUCGAUCAUGCUUGACGACCAAAGCUUCCUUCAAGGCUAGGCUCAACGGAAUCAUCUGGCAGACGAUUCCAAGGACAUUCCAGGAUGCUAUCAGAAUGGCGUUGUUGCUCAACUACGAAUUCAUCUGGAUCGAUUCACUUUGCAUCAUACAGGAUGACUUGGAGGAUUGGGACACUGAGUCCGCCAAGAUGGCCGGGAUCUACCAGAACGCAUCUAUUGCACUCUCAGCUACCACUUCUUCAGGUGAUAUACACGGAUGCUAUGAUGCAGAGAAUCGGGUGUCUGAGGAUGUCCUUGUCGAGCUUUCCGACGACAUUGAAUAUCCUCGGGUUGCUGUACGCAAAUCUCUAAUCCAUUGGCACGAUGUGCCUCCAGCAGGUAUGGACGCACAGUUUCCCCUAUUGACAAGAGGCUGGGCAUACCAGGAGCGACUCCUUUCGCGGCGACUGUUGCAUUUCGCCAAAAGCGAAAUGGUGUGGGAGUGUAGGAGUCUUGUAGCGUGCGAAUGCGGCGGAGUCGGCCAUCACUCAAGCCCAGGCAGAGAGUUUCGUCAAGCGAUGGAUUCGGGUGAUGCUGAAAAAGGCAUCAUCGCCGAUCGUCAAGUUCGACUCAAUCAAAUCUAUGACAUACGGAGGGCUCAGGAACAUCAGGUGACUCAACGUUGGAUAGCCCUUGCUCGUAAAACGCACAAAAAGCUUGAGAACAACAGAAAAGAGCACGAGCUAGAUUAUCUACCCGGUUCGAUCGGCUUCAUAUCCCAUCAAUCAGGCGCUGAAUAUCUACGGACCGCGUUCAACAUCCCUUCGUGGGUGAUAGAGUACGAAAACUUGGCGCUGAUCCCAGCCGCAAUCAGCCCACAAGAAAUGGAAUUGGAUCUGACUAGUACAAGGGAGUGUGCAGACUACGUCUUUCACUUCCACAGAGUUAUCGAAACCUACUCUGCCCUCCAGCUCACAAAACGAAGUGAUCGGCUUCCUGCUCUUUCCGGCAUUUGCACCCUUGUGCAACCCAUUCGCGGUAUGUUUUUAGCAGGCUUGUGGUAUGAUUCAUUCUGUUUUGAUCUCAUGUGGCGGGUCGACCGUCUGCACUCUGAUUCGAUCCAACACAAUGAAGCAGCAUCAUACCACGGACCAUCAUGGUCAUGGGUAUCGAAUGAUCGAGGUGUACAUUACUGGACUGACAUUAUCAACUUCUUCGAUGCGGCGCAGCUUUUUGGUAGAGACCUACCAACAGAAUAUGCGUACAUCAGCAUCAACCAAAGCCAAUUGGACUCUACUAGACCCUUCGCGAGGACGACCUGCCUUGCACGCAACAUCGCGGAAAAUUGUGUUAAUGUCAAACUGAUGAGUAGUAAUCCAUAUGGCAACGUGAAAACCGCAGUACUUUCAGGCGAAGCCUCAAUGACUGCUGCCAUCCUCCACUAUGACCUUCCGAUGCGCUACAAGCUCGCCGUUGUCAGCAACGACAAUCAAGACAUCGAGAUGGAAUUCUACGCGGACUACUCCCUCUCCGCACCAGGAUCGCGACAUCUUCCUUACAAAAGCGAACUCACUUUGUUGCUCAUUCACCCUCAAGUUGCGUUGGUCUUGACGCAGGUCCAACAGAAAUCACACUCGAAAAUGGCAAAGACAACCCCUCAGUAUAGAAGGGUCGGGAUAGCCAGGUUUCCAGAGAAUAGGAUGAGAUAUUAUCAGGUUGACUGGAUGCGAUACUCGAAAGUCAGAAAGUUCAUACUUAUUUGAUGGCCUGACCAAAACGCUCCAGAAGGCAUACACUCGUAGUAGUGCACUUGAGGGAGCAAGACAUCAAAAUGACGAAUUUUAUGUGGCUGCCUAAAAAGGCCACAUUCCAUGGAUCCACGGAAACAACCGGUUCUGAGCGACACUCGAGCAUCCUUCGCCUUACCGAACUAGACUGUUGCUAAAACAAUCUGAGUGCUUGAUAUUAAAGUUUGCGACCCCUAUGACUUCAGACGACAGUAUAAGAAGCCUUGUAAGACGCCCGCACUCACUUUCUGCUCAAGGAGCAUGCCGCAUGCG